GUAAAUACUGACGACAAAAUUGAAUGGCUGAAUACUAUAUUAUUGGACUGCUCUUUCAAACUGAUGCAAUUCUCAAUUGAAUUAGAAUUAGAACAUUUUAAUAAAAUAAACCAUAACCUACGGGAGGAGAUCAAUAGAGUAAAAAUAUUUCAAAAUAAUUCAGAAUACCGCUUAAUGGAAAGUAAAUUAGAGAAAAACCUUGACAUUUUCAGAAAUCACAUUAAAGAAAAAAAGCACCAAAAAUUCUUAAGGGAUUAUAAUGACUUUAAGGAAGACAUCUUCCGAACCAAAAAACAACCAAGAAGGCACUUUAAUAGGAGACCAAACUCUCUGACUAGAUAUACCGAUGGGUCUGAUUCAGAUUCAAGUUACACCACAAGUAGAAGAGGCUCUCGGUCCUCAUCACGUUCCCAACAACAGGGCACCAAAGGUAUCCUACGAAGACAGGAGAAAUCUGUGUCCUUUCUGGAAACUCCACUUCCCCCUGCCCCUACUACAUCAAUGACAUUAAUAGCUUUUUUAGACCAGGACUGGCCGACUCCACAAAGAGGCAGCCUAAGUAACAGAGGAAAGUGGGGAUACAAACCGGAGGUAGUCAACAACAGACAGUAGACAGUAUUAACGAUGAUAAUGAAGAUAAUAAAAUCAUACAUUUGUCAAAUUUCACACUGUCUAGAACCCAC